GUCAUACCGACGCCAAGAAGAACGUCGACUCCAACAGUAUCUCGGGUCCUGGAGCCGCUUUACAGAACCCCGGUUGAAACUGCCAACGAUAGUGGGUGCCAAGUUAUGGAGCAGUUGCAGGCGUUUUUCGCUAGACAAGGGGAUUUUAACAGAAGAUUGGAGGAACGGCUCGAGGGACACUUGCAGGGCCAAGGGCGGGAAAACAGACCAACGGCGCAAGCGACGCGGUUUUCGAAGGCGCUUUCAGUAAGUCACCUCUCUUCAUAGAUUAAGCUUAAGGAUAAUUAAUUUUUCUAUUUUUCCCGCUUUUUUCUCCUUCAGCGAUGAUGAAAGUCAAAGUCCCAGUAUACAAUCCUAUGUACUUGUAGAGGGUAAAUGUACCCACCCCGCAGGGAAAAACGGAUCAAAGUCCAAGGGUCCAUUCUCACUACAAAACUACUAUCCUUUGUUUGGAGUUAGACUACACAGUCUAUAUUGUUGAUGGAUGUCUUUCAAAACAAAUGUGAACACCAUGUUAUGACUCUUGAUCAUUUUUAAUAUAUGUAAUAGUAAUCCAGUGAAAAUCCCCAAAUGAUUAUAUUAGUUUUGAUCUAGAAGGCUUCAAGAGGCCAUUUCUGAGUUACAGUGCUUGAUUUUGGAUAAAGACAGUGUCGGAUAAUAAAACCACCAAAAUUUUUAGGGGUUCAAAAUAUUGACAGUACAGUGUAAAACUUAUAGUAUGUACUUUCUUGGGUGAGGCCAUUGCAUGUAUUUAAGGCUGAUAAACUUGAUAGAGAAAGAGCUCGGACUAGGCUUUACUAAUUCUUUUGUCACUGGAAAGGAAAUUUUUUUUUCUGAAAAACAUAAUUCGGGUUAAUUCCAUUUUGCAGAUGUACUAUCAUUUUUACAGAUCUUGUUUCAGACUUAUUUGUGUUUUAAAGGCAUAAAUUUACUUAAGCUAUAUUCAGUAAGGUGUCUGAAAUUUUUUAACUUGCUAACUAUUUUUUCAAGGCCCACAUCAGGGAUGUCUAUUCCACUCUGACUAGUGAAGAUGGUAAAGAUGUUAAAUGGGAUCUAUCCAAAAGGUCAGUUUUAAUUUCUUCUAAUUUUUUCAGAAUGGGAAGCUAAUGUCAAUUGAGAGACCAAAAUGAUGUUUUGAUUGUGGUUAUAAAGACAUUGUAUGUUCCACAACAAACAGUCUUAGUAGAGUUAGUUUGACAUAAAUUCUGGUCUACUUAAAAGUGUAAGGGACGUAGUCACAUAAAAAAAGGGUUCAAUGUUGACUUUCCUUGUCAAAUAUUGUGGACUCUCAUAGGCAUGUACCACUCUGAGGGUUUAAAAGAGAAUUAAGAUGACAAAACAGUUCUAAUUCAGCUUUGAUUUGUAUUUAGCUUUUCUCAUGAAGAUAACAGAGUUGUUAAUGCAGCAAUAAUAAAUGGAGUCAGAAGUACUGACACUUCCACACCAUCAAAUGUCAUAAGAGGUAAGUGUUUUCUGCAAAAGUGAUCAAAGUUGGGUUCAGUAGUUCAAAUGUAUCUGCAAUAAACUCUGCAUCAAAGGAUAUAAAAGGAAAGCUACAGUUAAGAUUAAUUGUUCAAUUCUGUUUUUUUUUUUAUGUACUUCCUUCCUUCCUUUCUUUCUUUCUUUUUUUAUCUUUCAGGUGAUGCUAACAAUUUACAUAUAAUUAUACAUAUUUGAUUGUAAAAUUGCCACAUUCUCUCCUUGUUUUCCUUAAUGUUGAAUAUCUAGCCUGCUAGCAGAAAUCUCUUUUUUUUUCUGUUGGAAAGAGAGUAGGAGACACCUGCUCACUAGCCAUGAAUAUCCUUCCCUAGUAUAUAUCACACAAAUGAAGAAUACUUAGUAUACACUGAGUGGCUAACUAGGAGGUGAAAAGCCUUUGCAUUUUACCUCUGAGUAAAAACAAAAUGGUGCAAAGCAGUGAUCACCACUUGUUUUUCUCAAUUUGUCAGAAAAUUAAAUAUUUAUUAGUGGCUGGUUAUUCACUUGCAAAAUGUUAACUGUUUUUGUUCAUGACAGCUGCCAUGAGGGUGCAUUUCAAGACCAAAAAAAGGCAUAAAAAAAACAAAGACACCAACAAACAAGUAGAAGUGCUCCAAGACCAGCGCAUUAGGAGUAGGAAGAAUACAGUAAGUUUUUAGUUACUUGAUAAUUUCAUUACACAGCUUGAAACGAUCCUACUCUAAACUCGCAAAAUUUUACGCCUACCAGUACUACAUAACUAAUGUAAAAUUUAUGUUUGGUACAGAAACGUUUAAAACGCUGCAAAGCUCUAUUCCAAUCUACAUCUAUUGGGGAAGAGGAAAAAGAGAAAUACCGUUUGUGCCUCUCAUCUGCAGAUUACAUGUCCUCAGAACAUUCAAUGUCUGAGGACAACAGUGCUGGGAACAGCAGUUCUGAGGAUGAAGCCCCCUCAAAACAAAAGGUGCUAUGUAGGAGGCCUCUUAUGUGGAGGAGCAGUGAGCUAAACUCUCUGUUUAGCCGAUUAGAUCGAAAGAGUGCGAGAAAGCGUUCACAGAGGAGUGCCUCUAUGAUGAUUGAGAGGAAAGAUGGCCCUCCAUCUACUCGAGAGGCACCAGAAGAUGCUCCAGCAUUUGCUUUGUCAUAA